AUGUCAAGAAAAACAGCUCUACGAAGUUGUAUGCUUAUAUAUAAUAUAAUUUUUUGGUUAAGUGGUUGUGUUUUGAUAUUCCUUGGAUUGUGGAUGAUUUUAGAUCCAAGAAGAAACUAUAUAUUGGAUUUAGUUGACUUUUCUGAAGAUGAUCCUUUACUUCGUUUCGCAGCUUACAUUGCAAUUAUUAGUGGUAUUGGAACUAUAUUUAUUGGUUUUAUGUCAUGUUGUGGUGCAAUACAAGCAGAAAGAUGUAUGAUAUUAACCUUUAUUAUAUUUAUAUUACUUUUAUUUUUUUCUGAAUUAACAAUUGGUGUAUUAGGAGUUAUAUAUAAAGAAAAGUUUUCAGGAAGUGAAAUGCGUAGUUAUAUAACAAAUAUGUCCCAUAAUCGUUAUUAUCGUGAUAAAUGGGUUACACCAUUAUUAGAUACGAUACAAUUUUAUCAAGAGUGUUGUGGAGGUAAUGGUCCCAAAGAUUACCAAAAUUCAUUUUGGUAUAUUACUAACACUGAAAGAGGAACAAGAUCUUUUGUUCCAUAUUCAUGUUGUAAACAAUCACAAGAUGGUCGUGCAUGGCAUUUAAUACCUACUGAUCCUAUGUGUAUCACUUAUCCAUAUUUUUCACAAGCAUUUAAUAAUUCAAUUAACAUCGAGGGAUGCCAUAAAAAAUUAAAAGAAUGGUUUGAUGAACAAUCUAUAAUUUUUAUGGGAAUUGGAUUUAGUUUUGCUGGAUUGCAAAUGAUUGGUCUCAUUAUAGCUACAGUACUUUGGCACAAUUUGGAUGAUUACAGAUUUAUACAAGCUUGA